AUGCUAAAAAUUACACCUGUUAUACCUCCAAAUUUAUCACCCAAAGCUAGUAAACAAAAAACAGAUACAUCAACCCCACAACGUACCAGAUUAACUAUCAAUAAACGUCCAGAUGAAAGUGAAAAAGAAUGGGCAAUUCGUCUUGCAGAUAGAUCUGAUAAGGUUACUCAUAUAAAGCAAAAUCGAAGCUGGUUACGUAGGAGAGGUGAAAAUUUUAAAAGCUGUAUAGAAAAUAAAUUCUUAUCUCUUUUACAAACAGACCCAGAAGUGUGGCAGGAAAGAGAACGAAUUGGGGGGUAUACUAUAGAAAGAAGGUAUGAAAAUGGAGGUAUAGUAACAUAUAUUUGUCCAGAUUUGGAUGAGCUAAAUGAGGUUAAAGAUAAUAUCAAAAAAUUAUCACCUCAUUUAUUAUUGCGAAAUUCUUCUUCUGAAGGGUCAUCUGAAUAA